AUGGCUCCCGAACAUCUGCGUCGGCCUCCUCAGGCCCCACCUGUCUUCACCGCGACCGCCCAGUCCAUCGUUGACGACGCCAAGCGCCUCAUCGAGACCUCCCGCAAGGUCCAGGAUACCGUUGUGACCAACGUCCAGCCCGAGUCGGCCUCGUUCGACUCCGUGGUGAAGCCGCUGGCGCACGAUGAGAACACCAUGGCGCUGGAAUCGCACAUCCUGAGCUUCUACCAGGCAGUGUCGACGGAGCAGCAGCUGCGUGAUGCGUCGUCCAAGGCCGAGGAGCUGAUGGACGAGUUCUUCAUCGAGACCGUCAUGCGCGAGGACGUGUUCCGGCUCGUCGACGCCGUGCUGAAGAAGAACGAGAGCCUUGACCCGGAGUCCCGCCGGCUGCUCGAGAAGGAACACAAGGACUACAUCCGCAACGGGCUGGGGCUGCCGGCCGGCCCCAAGCGCGACCGCUUCAAGGAGAUCAAGAAGCGGCUGAGCCAGAUCAGCAUCGAGUUCCAGAAGAACCUGAACGAGGAGAACGGCGGCAUCUGGUUCACCCACGACGAGCUCGACGGCGUGCCCGAGGAUGUGCUGUCCGGGCUGAAGAAGGGCGAAGGUGAGCACGAGGGCAAGCUCUGGUUGACCUUCAAGUACCCGGACCUCUUCCCGACCAUGAAGUACGCCAAGAACGCGGAGACGCGCAAGCGCCUGAUGAUCGAGAACGAGAACAAGUGCAACCAGAACGUGCCGCUGUUCCGCGAGGCGAUCAUCCUGCGUGACGAGGCCGCCCGUCUGCUCGGAUACCCGAACCAUGCCGCCUUCCGCAUCGAGGACAAGAUGGCCAAGACCCCGCAGACCGUCGAUACCUUUCUGGGAGACCUGCGGUCGCGCCUGACGGCCGGCGGACAGAAGGAGAUCCUGACGCUGCUGGAGCUCAAGAAGGCGGACCUUGAGGCCCGUGGUGAGGCCUUUGACGGCCGCUAUUACCUGUGGGACCACCGGUUCUACGACCGGCUGAUGCUGGAGAAGGAUUACUCCCUGGACCAGCAGCUGAUCGCCGAAUACUUCCCGCUGCAGACGACCAUUGAAGGCAUGCUAAAGAUCUUCGAGGAGCUCUUUGGGCUUGUCUUUGUCGAGAUCACCGGCGAGGACCGCGAGAAGGUGGCGCCCACGGGCAAGGGCAGCGACAUCGUCUGGCACGAGGAGGUGCAGAUCUUUAGCGUUUGGGAUGACCAAGGCGAGGGCAAUGGAUUCGUGGGGUAUCUCUACCUGGAUCUGUUCCCUCGCCCGGGCAAGUAUGGUCAUGCGGCCAACUUCAACCUCCAACCAGGCUUCAUCGACGCCGAGGGCAAGCGGCGGUACCCCGCCACGGCGCUGGUGUGCAACUUCACCAAGCCCACUGCCAAGAAACCCAGUCUGCUCAAGCAUGACGAGGUGGUGACGCUCUUCCACGAGCUGGGCCACGGCAUCCACGACCUGGUCUCUAAGACGACGUACUCACGCUUCCACGGCACCAGCACGGUGCGCGACUUCGUCGAGGCGCCCAGCCAGAUGCUGGAGAACUGGUGCUGGACCCCCUCACAGCUCAAGUCCCUCAGCAAGCACUACUCGGCGCUGUCGCCGGAGUACCUGGCCGCGUGGCAGGAGCAGGCGGGCGGCAAGCCCGCUCCGCCCGAGCGCAUCCCCGACGAGGUCAUCGCCAACCUCAUCCGCACCAAGCACGUCAACGACGCCCUCUUCAACCUGCGCCAGCUGCACUUUGGCAUCUUCGACAUGACCGUGCACGAGGCCCACAGCCACGACCAGGUCCAGGCGCUCCCCAUCUCCGCCACCUACAACCGUCUCCGCAAGGAGAUCGCCCUGCAGGACGGGCCCGAGGUCCUGGGCCUCGGCGACGAAUGGGGCCACGGCGAGGCCACCUUCGGCCACCUGAUCGGCGGCUACGACGCGGGAUACUACGGCUACCUCAGCUCGCAGGUCUACUCGACCGACAUGUUCUACAGCGUCUUCCGCGAGAACCCGAUGGACCCGGCCGCGGGCCGCAGAUACCGCUACGGUGUGCUGGAGAAGGGCGGCAGCCAAGACGAGAUGAAGACGCUGACUGAUUUCCUGGGCCGGGAACCCAAGACGGAUGCGUUUUACAAGGAAUUGGGCCUGGCAUAA